GUCACUGGAGAGCUGCUGAAAUAGGAGUGAGACAUACUGUCCGCUGCACUGUGGCUUGUUUUUCUGAUGUUUUAAGGACAUUUGUCCCAAAGCUCACCUUCAUAUUCCCUUAAUAAUGGCCGAAGGCGACAACAAAAGCGCAAACCUUUUAGCUCAGGAGACUGCCCAGCUGGAGGAGCAGCUGCAGGCCUGGGGGGAGGUGAUCCUGGCUGGAGACCGGGUCCUGCGCUGGGAGAAACCCUGGUUCCCUGCAGUCUUGAUUGGAGCCACCACCGCCAUCUUCCUGCUGGUGUACUACUUGGACCCGUCGGUUCUGACCGGACUCUCCUGCACUGUCAUGCUGCUCUGCCUGGCUGAUUACCUCGUGCCCACCCUGGUCCCCAGAGUCUUCGGCUCCAAUAAGUGGACCACGGAGCAGCAGCAGCGCUUCCAUGAGAUCUGUGGAACCCUGGUGAGGACUCGGCGUCGGAUCGUGGGCUGGGGGAAGCGUCUCUGCACCCUCAAAGAGGAGAAACCCAAAGUGUACUUCGCCUCAGUGAUCAGCGGGCUGCUGACAGCUGCCUGGAUCGGGCAGCAGGUCCACAACCUGCUCCUCACCUACCUGACAGUGAGUUUCCUGCUGCUGCUGCCGGGCCUGAACCAACAUGGUGUCAUCACCAAGUACACCGCCAUGGUCAAGAGGGAGAUCAACAAGCUGCUGAAGCACAAGGAGAAGAAGAACGAGUAGAGGAGGAGGAGGUCUGUGAGGAAGAAGCUCAUUUGUUUUCCCACAUGAUUAGUUUCAGGUUGUGACCUUUGACCCCUCACAUUUAGACAAACGGGAAGCUCAUCAGGUGAACUCUUGUGUUUAGUGCUUUUCCUUCUGGUUAACCAGUGACUACUGAGCAGCAGCUCCAACCACUUCUUCUUUAGCUUGAACAGACGGGCCUUCUGCUGGAGACGACGGGUCUGCCUAACCCCCUGUGGACGUAUUGUUACAUUAUUUUUAUUUCUCCUGGACGUCCCAGCAGUCAAUAAAGU